AUGGCGACUGGUUCCGCAAAGACCAUAGAUGAUAGUAGCCUUCAGAAAAUCAAGGGCGAUGUUCAAUCAGCAUACCAACAAAUGUUGCUAGUAACGCCAGCCGAUGUCGAUGUAGACAAGGGAAAGGAAAAGUGUUGGGAUUUCUAUGACCGGCUGAAACCUAGCCAUCCUCGCCCAGACUUUAAGAUUAACUUUCUUACUGGAAAGACUAAUCCAACAACCCUUGAAGAGGAGUUAAGAUUGAGGCUCGUCGUAGAGGCAAGACGGAAAGUGUCCCAGAAUGCCAUCAAAAUCAUCAAGAAGUUUGUUUCGACUAUUAAAACUGAACCCAAACUCAUGACUGGUCAGAAAUCCGCAAUGGAAGUACUUGAGAAGUUGAAAGCUCCACAGUACAUGAAACUCAGACUGAUUGAACUGUCCCUUGCCAGACAGAUCAGAUGGGAGACCGACGACGAGGAUCCAGACAGUGGGGGAGACAUUACAGCUUUCUCAGGAACAGUAACAUAUGGCCAUAGAAAACUCCUCGAAGCAGACAGGUUAUGGCGGCGGCUUAAUUCAUCGGAUGACAAGUCAAAGAUUGUCCCAACAACUAGAGCAUUGCUGCCAAUGAUGUAUUGGAAGAGGGAGAGCCUCUGGUUCAGAGAAGUAACUUGGACACAGUGGAACCCUUUCCAGCCCAAAAGCAGUAAACUAAAGAAAGAAGACCCUCCGGAAUGGGCUCUUAAAUAUAUCAACGCGAAAGAACGAGAGGGUCUCCGCAAGGUUAUGCAGCCGUUUCAUCACAGUUCUAAACCGUACAAACAUCCUAACGCGGUGUACCUGCUUCUGUGUCGCUUUAAAGGAGAUGAUAAAGUACAGGCGUACGCGGGAAAGGCAACGAACGGAAUAGAAGACAGGUGGUUACAGCAUGCGGGGGCAUCAAUACAUUUAAUAGAAAGCUACCGUGAAUUGAAAACUUUCAAUAAAGAACCUUUACGUGGUUCACUACUUGUAGACGUUUUAGUCGCUAGACUGUUCGCCGAAGGUGGUGGCAGAGAAUAUCUCACCCAAACGGCUGACGCAACGCACGACAAUAUCGCACUCUUUGUUGUCUGCACCAAAACAGAAAAACUGAAGGAGACAGAAAGCGGCCUCAUAAGCAGUUUAAACCUAAAGGACAUGAAGUGCGGUAUGAAUGGACACUUGUAAUCUUGGUUUGUUAUUGAACUGCAUGGCUAUUGACGUGGCCCGAAAUGUACAAGCUUUGGAAGAAUUCCUAAUGUACAUGUACCACUGAGAUUCAGAACAGGUCAUAAAGUCUUGUAAUUUGUAGAGUAACAUGUUGCUUUUUUAAAUGAUACAUGGGAUAUUUGUCCCGAAUGCUACCAAGACAGCUGCAAUAUGUCAU